AUGCAGUGCUCACUUUCACUCCCUUUCUUCCCUAGCUCCUCUGCUCCCUCCCCCAUUUUCAGGUCAUACCUCGUCUCCAACUCUGUUCCUCUCACUGCAGCUACGCCUUUAAAUCUUCGAUUCUGCGGUUUAAGGCGCGAGGCAUUUGGUCUUACCUCGCUCAAACGCUACGAUGCGCACCAGAGAAUCCAGCUUUCUCGCUGUAGAGUUCCCAAGAAAUUUUCUGCUGCCUGGUUCAACAAUGGCAGUCCUCCAAAGUCAUUCGAUUACGAUUUGUUGAUUAUUGGAGCUGGCGUUGGUGGCCACGGGGCGGCGCUUCAUGCCGUUGACAAGGGCUUGAAAACAGCCAUUGUAGAGGGAGAUGCGAUGGGAGGGACAUGUGUAAACAGAGGUUGCGUUCCUUCUAAAGCUCUUUUGGCUGUAAGUGGACGUAUGCGGGAACUACAAAAUGAUCAUCACUUAAAGUCCCUGGGCUUGCAGGUUUCUGCUGCUGGAUACGACAGACAAGCUGUUGCUGACCAUGCUAGUAAUCUUGCUUUGAAAAUUCGUGGUAAUAUGACCGAUUCAUUAAAAGCGCUUGGAGUAGAUAUACUCACAGGUUUUGGAACCAUUUUGGGACCUCAUAAGGUGAGAGUUGGCUCUUCCAACAACAUAGUAACAGCACAAGAUAUAAUAAUUGCAACUGGUUCGGUCCCUUACGUUCCUGAGGGCAUUGAAGUUGAUGGGAAGACUGUGAUUACCAGUGACCACGCACUCAAACUGGAGUUUGUUCCUGACUGGAUAGCAAUUAUAGGAAGCGGUUAUAUUGGACUUGAAUUUAGUGAUGUGUAUACAGCUCUUGGAAGUGAGGUUACUUUUAUCGAAGCUUUAGAUCAACUUAUGCCAGGACUUGAUCCUGAUAUCAACAAGUUGGCUCAGAGGGUUCUCGUAACCCAGAGGAAAAUUGACUAUCAUACUGGAGUUGUUGCAUCCAAGAUCACUCCUGCUAGGGAUGGAAAUCUAGUCUUCAUUGAACUCAUUGAUGCAAAAACCAAGGAACCAAAGGAUACCUUGGAGGUGGAUGCUGCACUAAUAGCAACUGGAAGGGCUCCAUUCACUAGCGGUCUUGGCUUAGAGAAUAUUAAUGUUACAACUUAUCGUGGUUUUGUUCCUGUGGAUGAGCGGAUGCGAGUAAUUGAUACAUGUGGCAAUCUGGUCCCGCAUUUGUAUUGUAUUGGUGAUGCAAAUGGCAAGUUGAUGCUCGCUCAUGCUGCCAGUGCACAAGGAAUUUCAGUGGUUGAACAAAUCACCGGAAGAGAUCAUGUGCUCAAUCACUUGAGUAUUCCAGCCGCUUGUUUCACUCAUCCUGAAAUAAGCAUGGUUGGAUUGACGGAGCCUCAAGCAAGGGAGAAAGCUGCAAAAGAGGGUUUUGAAGUGAGUGUCUCCAAAACAAGUUUUAAAGCUAACACGAAAGCCCUAGCAGAAAACGAAGGGGAGGGACUUGCCAAGUUGAUAUACAGACCUGACACUGGAGAGAUACUAGGAGUUCAUAUUUUCGGGCUGCAUGCUGCGGAUCUCAUCCACGAAGCAUCCAAUGCAAUAGCAUCAGGGACACGUAUUCAGGACAUAAAGUUUGCGGUCCAUGCACAUCCAACUCUGUCUGAGGUGGUUGACGAACUAUUUAAAUCAGCAAAGGUGAGCUUUCCAAAAGAACACCUUGAGAAUAAUCAUAUUGAACAAAACCACUGCCGCCCACCGAUUAUUUUGAUCUAGAUGGUUAAAGAACAAUCUUCCAGCCCGGCAUGGGAACCAGUUGCUGUCUAGUCCUAUGAGAGACCAGAGUGUAAGUUUUAGACUAAAUUAGCUUGUAUUAUUGUGAGCUGCCAAGAUUUUCCAAUCAUGUAAGUAGGAAACUUCGAGGGGAGCCCGCCAACAGUCCAAAAAUUGACGAGCGCAAACCAUUUCUUGCAUUUACAUCGUUGUCAGAUCUAUUUUACAUUCUUUCUUUCUUUCUUUUUUUUUUUUUUUUUGCUUUCGAUGAAUUUUUUUAGAUGAAAUGUGAUACGGUGAUCCAAAAUUUAGAUGGUUAAAAAAUAUGUCCAAGUCACUUUCAAUUUCUCUUCGAUAAGCCACUACUGAUUUUAUUUCCGUACAUUUAUAAAAAUAAUCGAGCGCACGAACGUUACGGCACACAAGAAUUUCAUACAAGUGGGAAACCAAUUUGCAGCUACAAUAGCACAAGAAUUCCACAUAAACUUAUGCAUAUAUUAUCCUAUAUGUGGUCAUUCUAAUAUUCAAUCGAACCAGAUUCCUCAUUCAAUUGCUUAACAAAGCUGGUGAAAACCAUAUUUUACAAACCGUAGGCUGGAAUGAAAGCAUGAAAAUCUUAAAUAUAGUGUAUCGGCUUGGCGUGAAAAGGCAUGCUCUAACGAUUAACAACAAAACAUACUCUAAAAAAAUAUUUGGAUAAAAUUAAAACUAUAAUUUCAAAAGUGCUUUUAUUAUAUAUGAAAUAAACAUGUGAAGGAAUUUAUCUCGAUUUGCUAAAAA